UCCCCUUCGCCCCCCCCCCAGCCCUGCAUGCCCGGGCAGCGAGCAUGGCCCGCAGGCAGGAGCGGGCAGCGGGCAGCGGGGGCUGGCUGCCCUGGUUGGGGUUCGCCUUGCUGCCGCUGGCCGUGCCCCCCGCCGUCGCCCCCGGGGGUUGCCCGUCCGCCUGUUAUUGCGUGGCCACCCCGGAGCUGGUCCAGUGCCGGUACGAGAGGUUGGAGGAACCACCGAGGGAGCUGCCGGUCACCGUGCACAACCUCAGCAUCGUCGGGAGCAACCUGAGCGUCCUGCGCCCGGCCGCCUUCGCCGCCCGCCCGCUGCCGGACCUCCGCCUGCUCCGCUUGCGCCACAAUAACAUCCAAACCAUCGAGGACAUGGCUCUGCAAGGCUUGCCCGCCCUCCGCACCCUCGACCUGAGCCACAACCCUUUGCUCUCGGUGGCCGCCGGCGCUUUCGCCGGCGUGCCGCUGCUGCGUACGCUGCAGCUGAACCAGGCGCUGCUGGCCGCCCCGUUGGAGGAGCAGCUCGCCCCGGCCCUGCGCAACCUCAGCUUGCGGCGCUUGGAGUUGGCGGGCAACGGGCUGCGGGCGCUGCCGGCCGCCCUGCUGCCCGCCGGCCUGGAGGAGCUGGACCUGCGUAACAACUCGCUGCAGCGGCUGGCGGCCGCCGAGCUGCGGAGCCUGGAAGCGCCGGGGUUGCGGGGGCUGCGGCUGACGUUGGGGGCCAACCCGUUGAGCUGCGACUGCGCCCUGCGCCCGUUCCUCGCCUGGCUGCGUGCCGCCGCCGCCCGCGUGCCCGACGCCCGCGGCCUGCGCUGCGCCGGACCGCCGCCGCUACGCGGGGCCACCCUGCUGCGCCUGCGGCCCGAGGGGCUGGCGUGCGCGGCCGCCGAGGGCGGCGAGCCCGGUCGGCUGGAGACGGCUUCUUACGUCUUCUUCGGCAUCGUCUUGGCCCUCAUCGGCAUCGUCUUCCUCAUGGUGCUCUACCUGAACCGCCGCGGCAUCAAGCGUUGGCUCCACAACCUCCGCGAGGCUUGUCGCGACCAGAUGGAGGGCUACCACUACCGCUACGAGCAGGACGCCGAUCCCCGCUGCACCAGCGCCAUCGGCACCCCCGGCCUCUGACGGCACCCUCAGCGUCCCACCCGCGCCCCUCCGGCAUCCCCGGCAUCCACCCGCCAUGCCGCCCCUCGACGCCUCCGCUCCCGGCAUCCACCUCGCCCCAGCCCCGUUCCCAUCCCCUUGCCAUGGCACCGCCAAAAAUUAGUUUCUGAGGACGAGCCGGCCUCGGGGAUGGGUGCUGGGGUGCUUCAGAGUGGGGUGCACCCUCCCCGGGGGGCUCUGGACCGGCUCUCCCUGCCCGUGCCCUAAUCGACCCCGUAGCGCUGAUUCCCACAGGGGACCAGGCUGGAUCCGUUCCCCCCCGCCCCAUCCCAGUGCCCACGGGCAGGGGGGAUCGCAUCGGAUCGGCCCCGCGGGAUGCCGGCACACAGAGCCCCGAUGUUCCCGGGAGGAUUAUGAGCUGCUUCCCGCGCCUCCUCUCCAGCGGCAGGUUUCUUCGGCGGACUGCGGGAUGCCACGCUGCCGGCGGGGCUCGGCACCGCACGCACAGGAAAACACACCGUCCUGCCGCUCCCCUUGAGAAGCGAUGUGCUUUUCCGAGCCCAUUUAUCCAUUUGGUUCUGUUCGAUGACAUUUCCAGCUCUUUCCAGGCACAAAAUGAUGCAGCUGUGUAGGAAACGCCUCCGCUGGCUGCGUGCAUGUUCCCCAGGGCAUGCGGGGGCAGCCCUUUUCUGACUCUAAAAUAUAUCCUAGACUAGGCUGUCUCAGCACUUUGUAAUUCAAAAUGAGUGAAGCAAAAGCUCUCGACCUAGUUCACUCGCCCGUGUUUGCUUUAGAACCGUGCCUGUUACUAUAUCCUAGAGCAAAUAUAUUGAAAGCUGCA